AUACGUCUUAUUAAAAAUGGUUGUAGUAUCAUCAACUUUUUCUGUGCCGGUAGAAGGCAUUAUUUUACAAACACCAUCAACAAAAUUGUUCAUAAAUGAUCAAGAAAUAGGUACAGCUACGUUAUAUAUAACAGAAAAUAAUGUUUUAUGGGGCGGAGGAGUGGGCGCUUCCGGUGGUUCAUCACCAACAAUAUCACUAUUGUACCCAAGUAUUUCUCUUCACGCUGUCCAGAGAGAGCCAAGUCCAGCCUUGUAUAUGGUGCUGAAUUAUGAAUUAAGAUUACCCCUUAACCAGUCCGGAGGUGGCGACACAAAUGAUAGUCAAAAUGAUGAUGAGGAAUUUGAUGCUGACGAUCAACCCAUCACCCAGUUGAGAUUCAUUCCAGCCAACGAGCAUGACCUGCAACCGAUGUAUUCAGCUAUGAGCCAAGGGCAAGCACUGCACCCCGACCCACAGGAUGUGGAUGAUGAUGACCCUUACAUGGAUGGAGAGGAUUUUGAUGAAGGCGAAGAGGAGUUCGAAGACGCGGAGGAGAGCGAGGGUAGUCCGGAGGAGGCGGCGAGGAGUCAACUGCAACAGAUGCGAAUUGAAAACACCAAUGGCACUUCCAACUUUCAUGAUUGUGAAGACAUGGACAAUGAACAGAAUUAAUUUUUAAUUUUAAUGUUAAUUAUAAAUUACAAUUAAACCUUGGUUUUAUUACACGCUGUGAUUUGCAUGCAAUUACGGUUUAGCUGACUGUUUGUUGGAAUGCAUUUAACCAUUAAUGAAUAAAGUGAUCAUUAAAAAAAAUACAAUAAACGGCUCAAUUAUAUUCAAGAAUUUAGAAAUAUUAAAAUUGCAUAUGACAUUUUUAUAUACUUCAUUAAAAUUGAAUGUAAACUUAGUGAAAACGACUAAAUUGUGAUUCAUUAAUAAAAUAAGACAAUCUGACAGAUACAAAAAAUUAAAUAUAAGUGAUGUGUGAAAGGCCUUUGUCGUAUAAAUAUUUGCCUUAGUUGAUCCGGAAAGGACUAAAAACCUAUUUUUUACAUAUUUAUGUUUUAC